AUGUUGCGACUUCAACCAAAACAUCAAAAAGUAAAUGAAUCAUUAAGAGCUAUACGUUCUCAAGGAGUGCGCUUACUUGGACCUGGGUCAAAAAUUAGUCAAAAUUCGAAAGCAAAAUUGAUUGCUUUAUAUCAGACAGCCCAAAAACAAUGUGUGAGUGAACAUUCGACAAUUAUGCAAUUAUUGGAUAAUAUACAAGCUGUUCGUCAACUACGUUUAAAACAAAGAAUGGCAGACAAAUUAUCUCGAGGCUCGCUUAUGAUUUUGCUAGCGCAGCAUGCUGCUACUUUGCCUUUGUAUGUUGGAUAUAUUGAAGGACAUCCACCUCCUCUCGUUGGGGCAAUUCCUAGAUUGAAUGGAGAACCUAUUAGUGUCGGUCAUUUUGUUGCUGCUUUUAGUGAAGAUAUUUGGAUUCUUGGGGAAGUGAAGGCCCAUAUACCAACUGAUUAUGGUCUAGAAUAUUCAAUUCGAGAUAUUGAUGAUGAAGUUGAAGAGGAAGGAGGAGGUAUGGUAGCUGGGACAAGUAGCAGCACCAACAACACUACUCUAACUACAAACAACGAGAAACUUUUAACUGUUGAUUCAAAUAAAGUAAUUGCUUUACCACAUUAUCGAGCCGAUCCUCGACGUCAUGCACAUGCUUUAUUUCCAAAAGGGGCAAUAGUUUUGGCUUUAUAUCCUCAAACAACUUGCUUCUAUAAAGGAAUUGUGGAAACACCGCCAAGUGGACCCAAUGAUGAUUAUUUAAUCGCAUUUGAAGACUCAACCUUCUCUACGGGUUAUUCCCCAACACUUCCUGUACCACAAUUUUAUGUUUUAACAUUUCGAGAUGUUUCAUCUUCGACAAUUUGUGCAUAUUUUAAUAAAAAUAAGAGAAAAACAUUGUCCCCAGAAACAAAAGAAACAUCGUCAACUUCUUCAACUUGACUUGAUAAAAACAAAAAAUAUUGUUUGUAUAACUGAAUUUAUCUCAAUUUUAUUUUUAAAAAUUAUUAAAAAAGGAAAAAAAAUUUUUUCUUUUGAUUUUUCUCCUCUUUUUCCGUCUUAUUUCCGUCCAAGCCCAAUUCCAACUAAAUGUAAACGUUUAUUCAAAACAUUUGCUUCUUCCUGUUGUUCCCUCGUCCCUCUUAAUUGUCUUUUAUUUGAUGAUCGCUUCCCUAAUCCAAUGUGUCGCCAUGCGGGGUCGAAACGUCGAACUAUUUGAGGUUCGAACAAUUGGUUAAGUAAUCUUGAAGUUAGGCGGUUGUUGUCAAAAAAGUUGGUUGAGGAAGCUGAAUAAGUUUAAACUUGUUUUAGAAUUAAAUGUUUUAAAAUGUUUUUGGUAAUAAGUUUAUUUAAAAAUGUUUAGGAUGUUUUCAAGUUUGUUUUAGUUUAAGUUAAAUUAUGAUGUUUGAAUUAAAGUUUUAAGUUUAAAUGUUUUUGAAUGGUUUCGUUUGUUUUAAAGGAAUGUUUUAAUGUUUUGUUUCAAGUUUAUGAGAAAUAAGUUUAUUUUAGCAUGUUUGUUUUCAAGUUUGUUUUUUGGUGUUUUCAAGUUUGAUGUUCGGAUCAAUGUUUUAAGUUUUUACAUGUU